CUGGGUAAUGAGGAUAAGGAAAUUUUCAGGAAAAGUUGAAAUAUUGUUAAUAAUAAAUUGAUAAUUCCUUCUUUCCAUUCAUACAAAUUCAAUAUUUGGUCCUGAUCAUAGAUGAUUGAAGUGUUCAUUGACAAUAAACAUCGGCCUUAUAUUUUUAGCAAGUUGGGAAGAGAGAAAUAUUUCCUGAACUUCCGUUAUUUUAAGACUUUCAAGCACGGCAACUUGACUGAAACUUCAAAAGAUCUUUGAUGAAUUAAGUGAAGAGUGC